AUGUUGCCAUCGUCGAUUCGCACUCGACACAUCGACUUUGCCCUCUCUGCCCAUCCGCCCUCGUUUCUGACGGCGCUCUGGCGGUGCUACACCGUCACGACAGAGAUGGGCACCUGCAGCGAUUUUGCAGAUGCAAAUUUGACCGUAAUCUUACUGCCAGGUAUCGAGUACCAGGGGGCAUCACGCAAACUGGGGGCCGUCUGGUCCGUGCUUCACAAGUACCUCUGGAUCCUCCCCGAAGUCGAGAUACUUCCCCACGUCGUCGGCUUUGCCCUGCGCGACUCAUGCAUGUGCCAGCUCCUCGUAGCCCAAAAGGCCAAGCCAUAA